GCCAGCGCAUCCACCAUGCUGUCGCGAGACGGCACCUUCAAGAACUUGGAGGACAUCUUGAAGUUUCCCAUCGAGUCGUCCCACGCUUACUCGUACGCCCACUUGUCGCCCAACUCGUUAGCGCUCCGGCUCAAUGUCUUGCGUAGGUCGUUGGAGAUCUUGAAGGACAGACCUGGCUUGAUCAAGUCGAUUAACUUGCUCAACGACGACUCCGACCGCCAGAACCAGGACGAGCCCCAAAACAGACGCCACUCGGUGCCUCCUCCAUCAAAUCCAUUGUACAAGCACGGCAAUAACAGCUCGGAAUACUUUAACGAAAACAACAAGAAGUACAAACUCCAGUCCAAUGCGUCCUCGGCUGCGUUAGCUGCAUUGUUCCGGCCCCAGAUGAAGCGCUCCGACAGCUUUCCGGUCAACCAGAUGUACGGCAAAGAUGACUUAAACACACGGCCUCGAAACGUCAACGAACGCGUCAUCUCCACCACCCAGCCUUUGUCGCGAAAGACGUCGGCCCCCAACACCUUUACAUCAAGUCCCCACGAUGCCAUUCUCAACGACGAUUUGAAAGAAAUCAUCACCAUUCUCGAGAACGACAAGGAAUCCUUAUCUAAGCACUCCGAAAUCGCUUCCAACUUGCAUGAUUUGUCCUUGUCAACUAACCACACGGACUCGGACAUUCAGUUAAAACAAGAUAUCCUCAAAAACAAGCUCUUGUAUGCAUUGGCCACUCCUUUUAUCGAAAAUAGCAUCAUGACCUCCUCCUUAUUGCAAAAUAAUGGCAACAACACUCCAACCAGAACAGGCCCAGGCUCUCACCAUCCAUCAUCAGUGGCUUUGAGUGCCCUAAACAACAACCCUAGUGGACCUAACAGUAAUAAUAGACCUUUUCAUUCCAUUUCAUCAGGAAAACAUGCACAACCCCAAUCAGUCUUCACAGUGGAAAUAGAUAAUCCUUGGUCCGUCAAAGCGGCAAAUGACUUAGCCUGUUUGAUGUUUGGUGUUUCGAAGAAUAUGAUCAAAGCUUUGACGUUGAUGGAUUUAAUCGCCCCACAAUUCCGGAACUUUGUGACCGAAAGACUUACCAACUACAUCUCCCGCAACCUUGAUCUUUCGAUAAGACUGAAGCGGAAAUCCCCCAACACCCAAGUUACCAAUAAUAAUAUCUUGUUCGCGGGUGAAAUUGUGGCCAUUUUAAGACCUGGAGACCAGAACUACGCAUGGACCUCGAUGUGGGCAAAGAGAAAGGGAGAUAUGAUCAUUUGCAUGUUUGACCAAAUUCCUUGCGAUGCCUUUGAUAUCGUCAUACUGUCCAAGAAAAUGGAAUCAUCUUCCAUGUCUCUGCUUUCUGACUUAGACUACAGCGUGGAUUCAUUCACAGAGAUUGCAGGUGAUCUCAUAAGUCUGAUUGAUACUUCGAACAUGUCCCAGUUGAGUGAUAUCAGUGAAUCGUUAUUCAGAGAAGCUGAGCAAGAGGAUGCCAACGAUGGUGAGGAUGUUCUUGAUUACUAUAUUUCACAAGACGUCAGUGAUUGUGAAAAAAUCAACAGAAAAAGAUAUUACACUUUGCAGUUUAAGGAUGAUGAAAACAUCCCAUGUGCUAUUACUUCAAAUCCAUUAGAAAUUAAUCAAGACAGAUUCGAGAUCAAAUUGAAAAUCCACACUUUACCAUAUAUUGCUGGUAUUUUUGUGGUGGAUGCCAACAACUUUAAGAUUUUGUCAUGUAACAAUGCCAUUGCUAAGAAUCUUUUUGGUCGCUCUUCGGAAGAGUUGAAUGAAAAGUCAAUCGAAACUUUAAUCCCCAAUUUUGUCAAUAUUUUGAAGUGCGGUUUGGAACAUAACUCCAUUUCCUUCGAAUUGACACCUGGUUUGGUUUUACCCGAGCAUUUCUUCAGAAGAUAUGAUGCCUAUUUGAGACACCAGGAGGACACUUCCACUGAUAUAGAGGAAUUGUUCUUCAAAUCACAUGGUGUUCCUGGUUUACACCGUGAUGGUAAGAAGAUUUAUGUCGAUAUACAAACCAGGGCAUCCGCAAACGACACUUUGGUUAUCUGGAUAACUUACUCAAGACUGGCCAGGAAGAAGCAAACUAUUGUGAAAGAAAAGAAAGAAGUUGUUGAGGAAAUUAAAAAACCACCCGCUAUAAAAGAAGUUUCUGAAAACCAUAGAAGAACACCUACAGGCAAUGCUAAAGGUAUUUCUAGCUGGCCAUCCCAAUUGAACUUAUUCUCAAGAAAUAAGCAAGAAUCAAUUCAUUUUGCUCCUAGUAGUGAAGAGAUUUCACGUCAGAACAGUACUAGAAAGGCACGCAAUGACUCAUUUGGUAUCCCUGUCUCAAGACUAAGUUACUCUGUUGAAAAGCCACAUGCCCUCACCAAGUUGUAUGAUUCAAAAACUGAAAAGGGAGAGGAUGAGAGUAAAGAGAGAUCCCACGCUCUAUCAAGUAGCACUAUUAAUGAUCCAAAUGAUGAAGAGAUGUCACCUAGCGUGACUCUGGAGGGCAGCGCUACUCUGGAUGAUUCUACCCCCAACAAGGACUCCAACAUCAAUCCUUUCUAUAAAAAGUUCACAGAGGAAGAAAUAAUAAAGUUGGAGGACGAACUUUUGGAGGAGAAGAAAUCCAACUCCACGCAUUGGCCAUCUGCAGUAGGUCUCAAGAGACGUACCAAGAAAUUUACUGAGUUUAAGGUCAUCAAAGAUAUGGGCGAAGGUGCUUACGGUAAGGUGGUUUUGGCAGAACACAAUGAUGAUCCAGUAUAUAAAAUCAUCAUCAAGUGUAUUGACAAAGAGAGAAUUUUAGUUGAUACUUGGGUGAGAGACAGAAACCUCGGAACCAUUCCUUCAGAGAUCCAAGUGAUGGCAUUCUUGAACGACAAACCACAUCCCAACAUUAUGAAAAUCAUUGACUUCUUUGAAGACCUGAAGUACUACUACUUGGAAACGCCAAUCUUUGGGGACCCUCCGGGAAUCGAUUUAUUCGACUACAUUGAAGUCAAAAAGGAUAUGAGCGAGCUCGAGUGUCAGUUUAUAUUCAAGCAAAUCGUUUCUGCCAUUUACCACCUUCACAAUAACGGAAUUGUCCACAGAGACAUCAAAGACGAGAAUGUGAUUGUGGAUGAAAAUGGAUUGAUCAAGCUCAUUGACUUUGGAAGUGCUGGCUAUACCAAACAGGGUCCAUUUGACGUGUUUGUGGGUACCAUCGAUUAUGCGUCGCCUGAAGUCUUGAGGGGUGAGAAGUACGAGGGUAAGCCUCAAGAUGUGUGGGCAUUAGGUAUCUUGUUGUACACCAUGCUCUACAAAGAGAAUCCGUUCUACAAUGUUGACGAAAUCAUGGAAGGGGACUUGAGAAUUCCCUACAUUGUGAGUGAGGGAUCCAUGGCGUUGGUUAAAAAGAUCUUGGUUAGAGAUAUCGAUCAGAGACCGUCAAUUACUGACAUUGUGGAGGACGAAUGGUUGCGUAUUUAG